GAACUGCCCUAAUAUCAUUUCACACAGGGAAACAUGGGAGGUGUCGUUAGAACGGAGAAAUGGUUUCUGUGGGCUGUGGAAGAAUCCCAUUAUCCGUGCAAUGAGAAUCCAACGAAAUGGUGGGAAUGAGAAUUGAUGGCGACUUGUUUUUUAUUGAAAAGGCAGAAGAAGAAAGAAGAUGCAUAAUUGCCGGAGGGGGAAAAAAACCGCAACUUUCGGGAGAUUUCAGCAUUCUCUCAACUGUGAGUGAAAACAGAGGAAGAAAGUUGUGGGACCUUGUGCCUGUGGGUCGUCCAUGAAAGCCCUGUUUCGUCUUUUGAUGAAGAGACUUUUGAUCAAGUGGGUUGGGAGAGUCUCAGCCUUGCAAACGAUCUAGUAUUCAAUUACAAGUCAUUAUGGAUUUUUCAAUGCAUUCAAGUCUGGGCAUUAGCUUUUUCGUGCUCUAUUCAUUUCAUUCCCUGCAGAUGUGAGAAGGAUUUUGGUAUUUAUACAUGGUAUUGUGGGCAAAGGCUCUAGAGAGCAUUGGAAGUAAAAAUGGGAGGAGGGAGGCUGUCAAGAUUUUGCUUGAAUAGAAUCGCCACCCAUGCCAGAAGUCCAAGUGAGGCAAGACCCAUUACAGGGGGUCCCCGUGGCCAUGUCAUGUCUACUGAUGGCUUUGCCAAUACAAGAGAGGCCGAUCAUAAAGAGCAUCAGGAGAAGGAAAGUUGGAGUAAAUCAGAGGGGAAGUGUGCUAGUAGGAAGAUUAUGGUAGUGGUGGAUUCUAGCCCAGAAUCCAAACGAGCUCUGUUGUGGAGUCUGUCACACACUGUGCAGGAUCAGGAUACUCUCAUUUUGCUGCAUCUUGUUCCUCUCUCCCACCCUGGGAGCAAUUCUCCUCAUCACAAAAGGAACAGCGAGGAAUCCAAAGAACAGAUUAUUUUGAGGAAUAAUGAAGUACCUAACACCUUGAUGGCACUCUCUAAGAACCGCAGACCAGAGGUGGAGGUGGAGGUAUUGGUUGCAGAGGAAGACGGAAAGGGAAAGGGUCCAACAAUUGUUUCUCAGGCCAGAAAGCAUGCAGUUUCUCUUCUCAUUCUUGGGCAGAGAAAGCCGUCUCUUUUAUGGAGACUUCUGAUGACAUGGGUAGGAGGGAGGAGUGCGGAAGGAGUGGUGGAAUAUUGUAUUCAGAAUGCAGAGUGCAUGACAGUUGCUGUGAGAAGGAAAAACAGAAGAGCAGGAGGAUACCUUAUCACUACCAAACGCCAAAAGAACUUCUGGCUUUUGGCCUAACAGGAAAAGUAUAUAUUGUUGUUCUGCCUGUCUCUCUGCCCCCUUUUGGAUCUCCUGUUUGAUAUUUCUACUGAUUUAUACUGCUUCUUGUAUGUAGUCAUAUGGAAAUGUAGCAUCUUUUGGUUCAAAUUAAAUUUUCUCCACUGCUGUUUUCAAAUUACAUACUAUUAUUUUCAGAUUGUAAAGAUUUUGAUAACGAGAAUACCCUCUACUUCAAGACAGACCAUUGUGUAAAUCCAGCGGCAUUCUAUAACAUAAAUCCUUCAGGCUUGAACUUAAA